CAUUGUCCCCACGGAUAGAUGAUAGCGCUUGACUCGCGUGCAGAUUUCCCACCGCCAUUCUUCGAAAGUUGGAGACGGCGAUGUUGCAGGUCUCGGCGAAACACCGGUCAAUGAUGACAUUGGACCGAAAUUUGUGGAACUUGUGGGCUUUUGGAUCCUCAACAUGUGUUUUCAGCUGCGGGAACCUUUAGACGUUACAUCGAUGCAAAUCUUUUCGCCUAGGGUCUCCGACACGUCAUACAUCAAAUAAGGGUCGCGGUGCUGCCGAGCAGCGAUUUGCGAUAACAUUGCACGUCUUAUCCGCAGUUUGAAAACAGAAAAGAGAAGGAACGAAUUGCCAGACUACUGAACACCUGCAACAUCACGCUCACCAACGAACCAAACAAACGAAUACUCAUAGUUACGACAAAAUGAACGGAAUUUCGACCCUCAACCUCAACAAGAUCAUCCGGCCGGGUCUUGAGCGCGCUCCAACAUCUAUGAAUCUCGCCAGGCCGCUCCCAAUCCACCGCCUCGAAGGAAAAGUUGCCCUCAUCAUCGGUGGCGGCGGCAAAAUCGGUAUCGAAACCGCGGGAAGAUUGCUCGUCGAGGGUGCCAAUGUAGCGCUGGUGGACAUUGACCAGGCAUCGCUGGAAGGGGCUGUGCCGGUACUCAAGGCUGCGAUUCCGACCGGGGUGCCAUUAGAGAGCAGAUUGUUGACGAUUGCGGCGGACGCUACAAUUGAAGCAGAUGUCGAGGCCUGUGUCAAGAAGACAAUUCAACGAUUUGGCAAGUUGGACUGUGCCCUCUUGAACGCUGGGGAGAGAGAUGCGUCCAAGAGCCUGUUUGACACGACUGAGGAGGAUUACGAGAGAAUCAUGUCGACGAAUGUGAAGUCAGCUUUUCUGGGCGUCAAACAUACUGCUGCAGCGAUGCGCGAUGGUAACGCGGGCGGCUCCAUUAUCCUGCGCUCCUCCAUUGCUGGACUCCGAGGCUUUCCUGGGAUGAUCUCCUACUCAACUUCACGCUUCGCCUUACGUGGUAUUGCCUUGACAGCUGCUGAAGAGCUUGGCCAAUUUGGUAUUCGCGUCAACACCAUUCACACAAGCAUCAUCGCCACGCCAGGAUUCAAGGAGGGUUGGAGCAAGGAAAAUCUCGCAGAGCUAAAAGAAGACACCGCUUUGGGGCGGUUUGGACAGCCAGAUGACGUUGCGAGCGUGGUUGCGUUUUUGGCGAGUGAAGACAGCAAGUUCAUGACAGGAGGUCAUUUGAAGAUUGAUGGAGGGUGUGUCAGUGUAUGAGUUAAUGGCUGUAUUAGUAUUCGGCUGGUCCGGAAUUGCAUCGGAGCGUUCGCAUGGAAGGAGUUUGGGUAGAGGUUAUAAGCAUAAUUUAGAGUUAUAGAUUAGAAUAGAAGAUUGACACGAUUUCAUCAAAGAAUACACGCGAACAUAACAAAUCGGCC